AAAACCUAAUAAUUUCAUUUUCUCUUUUCGUAUCUGUCUUAUUUUAUGUGGAUACAGUCGCCGGAGCUGUGAUUUUCUCUCUCUCUUUCUCUUUCUCUCUCCAUCGAUCUCGACUCAAAUCUAUCCACCUGCCUUUGCCCUUUGCAGUUUGCACAUUAACUUUCUUCCAUUCUCUCUUCAUCACAUCUUCCAAAUCCAUUUCUAUCUGUGAUUGCUGGAUCUUCAUUUAUAUUUGCUCCAUAUAUUUUCUAAAUAAAACACUGAUUUAUCUGUUCAAUUAACGAAAUUCAAGUUUCCAGUUCGUCUACGUAUCUCGGAAGUUUUCUGCAGUGAAUGAUGUACAGAAUCCCAAUAUUAGGGAUUCCGGCGGCCUAGUUUCAACGCCUAAUCUAUUCCAACUUGUAUGUUUACGUGAUAUAGCCCGGGCCUGCGGCUCGGGGAUCCGAAAGAAUGACUUCAGAGAAUGACCAAGAAGAUUGGAUCAGAGAGGUUCCCAAAGUCAGCAAUGCAUAUCUGCAAAAAUUCAGACUCUACGAGACUCGCUCUAACUUUUAUAUGAUCGGACGGAGUAAAGAUAGAUCAACUUGGAGAGUGUUAAAGAUUGACAGGUCAGAACCUACCGAGCUAAAUAUUACAGAAGAUCCCACCACAUACACUGAAAUUGAAUGCUGUGAACUGUUAAAGCGAAUCCAUGAUGGAAAUAACCCUACAGGGGGGCUUAGAUUUGUUACCACUUGCUAUGGAAUUGUUGGGUUCAUAAAGUUUCUGGGACCUUAUUACAUGCUGCUCAUUACAAAAAGAAGGAAGAUUGGUGUAAUCUGUGGUCAUGCAGUAUAUGCAAUCACCAAAAGCGAGAUCUUACCAAUUCCCAAUUCUUCUGUUCAACCCAGCGUGGCUUACUCCAAGAAUGAGAACAGAUACAAGAAGCUCCUAUGCUCAGUGGAUCUUACAAAGGACUUCUAUUUCAGCUACUCCUAUCGUGUCAUGCAUAGUUUUCAAAAGAAUCUAUCUACUCACGAGAAAGGGCAGUUUCUUAAUGAAACAAUGUUUGUUUGGAACGAGUUCUUAACUAGCACAAUUCACAAUCAGUUGAAGAAUAAUCUGUGGACAGUAGCACUAGUUUAUGGCUACUUUAAACAGGUCAAGCUUUCAAUAGCAGAAAAAGACUUCAAGUUGACCCUCAUUGCUAGACGAUCUCGCCAUUAUGCUGGAACUAGAUACUUGAAACGAGGGGUAAAUGAGAAAGGUCGUGUUGCAAAUGAUGUUGAAACAGAACAGAUUGUAUUUGAAGAUGUCCCUGAAGGAUGCCCUGUGCAAAUAAGCUCUGUUGUUCAAAACCGGGGUUCAAUACCCCUCUUUUGGUCACAGGAAACUUCCCGCUUGAAUAUCAAACCUGAUAUCAUAUUGUCAAAAAAAGACCAAAAGUACAACGCCACAAGACUUCACUUCGAGAAUCUUGUCAAGAGAUAUGGAAAUCCAAUAAUUAUAUUGAAUCUGAUCAAGACGAAAGAAAAGAGACCCCGGGAAUCCCUCCUGCGAGUGGAGUUUGCUAAUGCUAUUGAGCUGAUUAAUAAAGAUCUACCCGAGGAAAACCGUUUAAAGUUUCUUCAUUGGGAUUUAAACAAAUAUUCAAGAAACAAAUCUACAAAUGUGUUGGCACUUUUGGGGAAAGUAGCAACAUAUGCAUUGAACCUAACUGGGUUGUUUUAUUGUCAAGUGAUCCCAAACUCAAUAUCCCAAGAUUUGACAAAAAGUGAGAAUUUCAGUGUGAAGCCUCCUCAAUACCAAACAGGGGUUUUGAGAACAAACUGUAUAGACUGUUUGGAUCGAACAAAUGUUGCUCAAUUUGCAUAUGGUUGGGCUGCACUAGGGCGUCAACUUCAUACCAUGGGAUACAUAGACACCACUGUUAUUGAGCUUGAUUCCAAUUUAGGAGAAGAUUUAAUGAAAGUUUAUGAAAAAAUGGGUGACACUUUAGCACUUCAAUAUGGUGGUUCUGCAGCCCACAAUAAGAUAUUUUGUCAAAGAAGAGGUCAAUGGAAGGCAGCAACUCAGUCACAGGAGUUUUUUAGAACCCUACAACGUUACUAUAGUAACGCAUACAUGGAUGGCGAAAAACAGGAUGCAAUUAAUGUGUUUCUAGGUCACUAUCAGCCACAAAUAGGUAAACCUGCAUUAUGGGAAUUGGAUUCAGAUCAACAUUAUGAUGUUGGAAGCCGGGGUUCUAAUUUUUUUGUGGAAAAAACUAGGAUGAUUAAAAGGUCGUUAUCAGUUGGGAACAUGAUGUUUGAUGGGAAUGUACUUGGUGCUAUUGGAAUGACCCAAAAGAAUGAAGAAGAAGAAAUGCAAUCAGAAUCUUUACAUGAAAUCUCUUGUGAGAGUGAUUCAACUUACCCAAAAGAAACCCCAAAUAGUGAUCACGUAUUUUACAACAGGGAUUCUUUCAACUGUUCAAAUUUUCUUGAUGUUGAUUGGCUUUCAUCAUCUGGGAAUUCAUGUGAAGAUGAAACAUAUGAAAGGUCAACGCUUGUAGGGUCGCCUAUGGGUGGUCAAUCGUCUGAAAAUGUGGUAAAUGAGAUGUGCACUUUCGCUAGUGAUUCUGAGAUAUGUGAUAAUGUGAAGGGUGUUAAAGGCGGGUUUUCGGAUAGAUUUGCAGAAUGGGUGACCCAUGGGGAUAUUAUGUUCCCUUGAUCAGUUUUGCUUUUGCCAACAACAAAAAAGAAAAAGAAAAAUGUAAAAAUCUUCUACUUACCCAUAAGCCAAAGGAUGUGGGUUGCUGAGCUAAAAUAAAUGGUGAGAGAGUACCAUUAGAGAGACAAAAAGAAUGAUAUGAUAUUAAAAAAAAUGAAAAAGUAUGUUUAACUAAAAAAUGAGAAGUAUGUUAACAACCCUUGUAAAAAAUAUAUAUAUAUAUAUUAAAAAACAUGCAUGAGAUGAGACCCCCAUCAAAACACUAGUACAAGUACAGAAGAGUAAAAAACUACAGUUGCUUUUGACAAUAUUUGAAUCUUUGUAAAUAUAUAUUUUUGUAUUGUAUUUUACUUAUUUAGUCAGGUUGGAGAUUCA